CCGAGGCUGGGGCUCCGGCGGGGGAUGCGCGCCGGCCCGAGCGCCCCCAGCCUCCACGGGAGUCGUGCUCGCCAUGGGCCGUCCCCAACUGCUCCUGCCCCUGUGUGCCUCUGUGUCUUUGCUGGGUGGCCUGACCUUCGGCUAUGAACUGGCAGUCGUAUCAGGUGCCCUGCUGCCCCUGCAGCUUGACUUCGGGCUUUCCUGCUUGGAGCAGGAGCUCCUGGUGGGCAGCCUGCUCCUGGGGGCUCUCCUUGCCUCCCUGGUGGGGGGCGUCCUCAUCGACCAGUAUGGCAGAAAACAAGCCAUCCUCGGCAGCAAUGUGGUGCUUCUGGCAGGCAGCCUGAGCCUUAGCCUGGCUGGCUCCCUGGCCUGGCUUGUCCUGGGCCGCUUGGUGGCUGGCUUUGCCAUCUCCCUCUCCUCCAUGGCCUGCUGUAUUUAUGUGUCAGAGCUGGUGGGGCCCCGGCAGCGGGGAGUGCUGGUGUCCCUCUAUGAGGCCGGCAUCACCCUGGGCAUCCUGCUCUCCUAUGCACUCAACUACGCAUUAGCUGGUGCCCCCGGGGGAUGGCGGCAUAUGUUCGGCUGGGCCGCGGUACCUGCUCUUCUGCAGUCCCUCAGCCUCUUCUGUCUCCCUGCUGGGACCACUGAGGCGGCAGCCCGCAGGGACCUCAUUCCUCUCCAGGGAGGUGAGGCCACCAAGCUGGGGAGGCCAAGAUACUCCCUGCUGGACCUCUUUAGGGCCCGGGAUAACAUGCGAGGCCGGACCAUGGUGGGGCUAGGGCUGGUGAUUUUCCAGCAACUAACGGGGCAGCCCAACGUGCUGUGCUAUGCUUCUACCAUAUUCCACUCAGUCGGCUUCCGUGGGGGCUCCUCAGCUGUGCUGGCCUCUGUGGGACUCGGCGCCGUGAAGGUGGUGUCCACCCUGACGGCCCUGGGGCUGGUGGACCGAGCAGGCCGCAGGGCCCUGUUACUGGCUGGCUGUGCCCUCAUGGCCCUGUCGGUCAGCGGCAUCGGGCUCGUCAGCUUCGCCGCGCCCAUGGACUCCAGCCCAAGUUGCCUGGCCGUGCCCAACGCCAGCAGGCCGGCAGGCCUCCCUGGAGACUCGAGCCUGCCAGGGGCCGUCGUAAGUCCACCUCCACUGCCAGUGACCAGUGAGAACCAAGGGAAGCCAGUCCCCCCAACCUCUAUGAAAAUCAAGCCCCAUCCCAAAGCUGGGAACCGCACAGCUCCUCCCCUGCCGGCCUUAGGCACCGCCGCCCCUGCGCCCCCUUCUGCCCCCGAGCACGCCCUGCAGCACUGGACCGCGCUGGUCUGCAUGAUGGUCUUUGUGAGCGCCUUCUCCUUUGGAUUUGGACCAGUGACCUGGCUUGUCCUCAGCGAGAUCUAUCCCGUGGCGAUCCGAGGCAGAGCCUUCGCCUUCUGCAACAGCUUCAACUGGGCUAGCAACCUCCUUGUCAGCCUCUCCUUCCUCCACCUCAUCGGCACCAUCGGCUUGUCCUGGACCUUCCUGCUCUACGGGCUGACGGCUGUCCUCGGCCUGGGCUUCAUCUAUGCAUUUGUCCCUGAAACAAAAGGCCAGUCUUUGGCAGAGAUAGACCAGCAGUUCCAGAAGAGACGGUUCGCCCUGAGUUUUGGCCACAGGCAGAGCUCCACCAGCGUCCCGUACACCCGCAUCGAGGUCUCUGCCACCUCCUGAGGAGUCCAUCUGCCUGGAAGAUGCUGGAACCAUGGCUUUAGCAGACAGUCUCCAGCUUCCUGCUUGCCUGGCCCCUGCAGCACAAGGUCUCGGAGGUCCUGUAAGUCAUCCCUGCUCCAGGAGAGGUCUUUCGGGCCCGGGUGAAAGAGCAGAAAGUUUGAGAACCCAGAAGUCUUCAUUUUGAAUCUCAGGCUCUGAGGUGCCCUGAGGACCUGCCUUCUCGCCUCAGUUUCCCCGUUGUCUCUGCACGUCCCUGCAGCACUUACAAUGGCAACAUCUCAUGGAGCCUGUUGCUUUCUCAGAGAACAUCUCGGGUACCAGCCCUGGAAGGAAGUCUUCUCUGGCAUCACUCCCAAACCCAGAUGAGGAUACUAUAUUCUCUGCUCUCUUUUCCCAUCUGGCUGGGACUUUCUGGUGAGGGGAAGCCUGCUUUUGUCAUUCACCAGCAACUCAGACUGGUGGAGAAGAUGCUUGAGUUCCAGGCCUGCUCCUCUGGUGUCGUGGCGGUAUGGCCAUAGGCCUCAGUUUUCCCCAUAUGUACAAUGGGCGACCUGGACCAAGGAGUUCUUAAGAUCACUUCCGAUAUCAAUGAGCUAGAAUUCUAAGUGCUGCUAAUACAGUGCGUAUUCAGCAUGGGCCCUGCUCUCAGGUAGCUGGCCAUCUCUUUAGGGAAUGCCAGUUUUAAUUAGGGGAACAGUAAACAGAAUUCCAGAAUCGUGGGGAAUAAAAUCCAAGAGCUGCCACGGUGCAUGAAGCCAGCUCCAGGCGCUGUUUCCAGGGUGGUGCAGGAGAGCUUUGCAGAACGGAGGUGGGUUUGGAGGCCGACAAGCCCAGCUGUUGGUGUUGCCUGUCUCCUGGCCGCUGUUGACCUUGUCAACAACCUGUGACUAACAGCUGUCCCUAGCCUCAGUUCCCACACCUGCAGAAUGGGAAUGAUUAGGCACCUGGGGGUGUGCUUAACCCCUGUCUUCCUGCAGGAGGGUCUUCAGCUGGUCCCAUUCAGCUAGUCAGGGCCUGAGGGGGCGGUUUCUGCUCACCCUCAGUUACCCAGGUCCCCAUCUUUGGGACAUUGUUAAGGGUCAGCCCCCGACGGGUGAGUCAGAUGGAGACUGAGCAAGGAGCUCAGGCCAGAAGUCACCAGAGGAAGGGCCUGGCAAGAGUGAGUUGCUGGAUGCUGAGGAAAAUGAAGGGCUAAAGCAGACCCAGGGAGCUGGUGUGGGACAACACUUCGUCAUCUGUGCCUGCUGCAUGCCCACAGGACUCUGGCCUCUCAUCUUCUCUCCCCCCGUUCUAGAUGCUUCCCUUGUACCCAGUGGUGUGCGGGAGGUCCCUCCUACUACCUUGUGAGAGCCCAUUGUUAAGUUUUCGGGACUUUUGCCAACUGGUUGUUAAACACAGCCUUUUAAAGAUAUUAAAUUAUUGAAUAUUUCAAUAAAUUAUAUUAAAAGCAAAGGUAA